UCAUCUAAUUCAUCUUCUCCGUCUCUCUCUCUCUCUACAGAGCUGCGUGGGUUUCCACAAAUUCAAAUAAUUGUAAACAGAUAUACAGAAUGGGAGCGUGUGCGACCAAGUUCGCCGUUCUGAAGGACACCUCCACCGCGCCGCCGCCGGACGUGAAGUGCGAGGCGGAGCAGGGGGAGGUGAAUCUCGUUGAGGAAGUGGUGGUGGAGAAGGAUGCUGCGCCGCCGGUGGAUGACGAGGCGAAUCGUCGUCAAUCGCUUGGGAAUUUGCUCCAAGAGGUGAAAUCGGUUGAAGAGAAGAAGGGCUCAGCAGAUUGUAAUGGCAAAGAAUCAGAGGAUGUGAAUCAUGUUGAUGCAGCUGAGGUGAAGCUCGAAGCAGCUGCGGAUGCUGCAGUGCAGGUUGAAAGAGAGAGUGCACCCCUUGCUGGGGAAGCAGAGAAAAUUGAAGACAAACCUGCUGAGACAGAAAAACCUGAGGAAAACAAGGCAGUAGAGAUACCUUGUGCUGAUAAGGCACCUGAAACUCUGGAGACAGAGAAGGCUGAGGAGAAGAAACCAGCUUCGGAUGAAGAAACGAAAGUAGAGGAAGUGAAGCUUGCUGAGAGUACAACGGUUGAAGCUCCAGAGAAGACACCUGAAACACCAGAGGCUGAGUGUCCAGCUCUGGACUCUGAGAAGAAGGAAACAGAUGAAAAAUCAACUGAGAUUGUGGAAACACCUGAGAAGAAACCGGAGGAGACACCUGAAACACCAGAGGUUACAACGGUUGAAGCUCCGGAGAAGACACCUGAAACACCAGAGGCUGAGGGAAGUGUGGAAAAGUGUCCAGCUGAGAUUAUUGAAACACAAGAGAAGAAACCCGAGGAACCAAAAGAAACUGAGAAGCAGGAACCAGCCUCAGAUGCUGAAGAGAAGCUUUCAGAAGAGAAGCCAUGUGAGGUAUCAAUUGAGAAACCCGAGUUACCUGAGGUGGAGAAGGCUGCAGAUACAGAUGAGAACGUGAUCGAAGAGAAACCUGCUGAGAAUUCCAAGACUGAGACAUCAGAGAAAGUAGAAGACAAACAUGUUUUGGAGCCCCAAACAUGCUCGGUUGAGGAGCAGAAGCCAGCAUCGGAUGCAGAAAAACCUAAAGCUGAAGAAGAGAAGGCAAAGUAAUUGAGGAAUGCCACUAUGCCUAUCUAGAAUCAGCAAAAAUCUUUUGAAUUAGUUAAUCAUGAUUGAGACUGCAAGUUCUGAUGUGUGAAAAUUUGCAUUUUGAUUGUUUAUUUAAAUUAUUUUUUUCUA